ACUCUAGGCCAAUCAGAGAGCCAAACUGUCUACGUUCAGCCGGCCAACGUAGACUAACAAUCAAAUGUAUGGUAUGCAAAUGAGCAAUCAAUGCCCUCAGACAGGUUUUGACAGCCGGCGUCAAAAGAAAUGCAUCGCGAAAAAUCCGAUACAUUUUCUGCCCUGUCUGAUUUUUUUCCCCAGGAAUACGAUACAUUUUGACUUUUUAGCACUUUAGUUUUGUCUGGUUUUCCUUCGUUACGUCUUUUCAUCGCGAUCGAGCAUCAUUUGGUACCUGAUCGCCUACAGAGAAGGACGUAUACCGAUCGAGAGACCAAGCUAACUUUUUUUACAAGCUUUUGAGCUUCAUCUCACACCCACACCUUGGCCUUCCUGCUGCCAUCGGCUCCAUCUCGACCGCCACAGCAGCCGGUGCCCAGGCCGCGGUGCUGGGUGGCCGGCAGGUUCUUGUACACGGCCCGGCUGUAUGGGAUGAAGCACAGGCCCAGCUGGAGGUGUCGGGCUAGACGGCAGUAAGCAGCCAGCGCUAGGACCAGCAGAGGGGUGACCAAGAGGAAGCCCACCACCAGCAGAGCCAUGCAGCCUCCGUCAGUCAGCAGGUCUGAGCAGUAGGGGGUCGUCCCGUGAGGGCGGACCUGGGUGGAGAAGAGGAGAAUGAUAGCAGUUCAAAAUGACAUGGAUACUUUGCUGCCAGCCCUCAACAUCCACGACACCAGCCUGCCGGCAGAGAGGCAGCAGUGUGUUCUUGUGGCCUCAAAGGCAGCCAAGGCCCAGCAGGGCAGGGGUCAGGUCUGUCCGAGGGACGACAGGAUGAGGGACCCCAAGACUGCCUUCGACGAAGCAAAGAGGCGCUGUGGCGUGCCGAGGCCUACUGAGGCCCAGUACCUGGGCCAGCUGGUACUGACCUUCGGCCGCUACACCGGCCGGACCUUAAAGUGGCUGGUCGAGAACGACGUGGGCUACGUCAAGUAUCUCGUCGACCGCCACGUAAAAGAGAGCCAGCGGCCGGAGAAGCGUGGGAUCAACGAGGUGUGGCUGAAAGACAGCCUCCUCAAGUAUGUGGAGCUUUUUCCACCCAUCUCCUGCCACCUCGAGAGGAACGUAGACAAGGCCAUUUACGGCAUGGGCCGUUUCCGGUCGUUUACGUUCCUCGAGAUGUGGCAGUGGUACAAGCGCCACACAGCGGACCCCAAAGCCGGCAGCGAGCAGGAGCGGAGGAUGGCGCAGGAGGCCCACACCUCAGUCAAGCAGUGGCUGCUGAUGCGGGAGAGUGACAUCACCUCGAAGUCACUCAAACGCUUCAGACAGUAUAUACUUGACAAAGAGAACGCCACUCCUCCUGCUGCCGCCGCCGCCACUUCAAGGGCCCCUGCAGCAGCUGCCACCUCCCACGCGCCGUGGUCCGACGACGCUCCGGACGACACUGCUCUGGUGGAUGCCCUCGCCACCUUCGAGAGCCAUGGAGAGCCCAUCUCCACCAGCCAGCCUCCUGUGUCCGCCGGGGGUCCCGAACAGCCGCCGUUCUCCACCAGCCAGCCUCCUGUGUCCACCGGGGGUCCCAAACAGCCGCCGCCACUCUCCACCAACGUGCCAGCUUCUCCAGAGAAGUCUGCCAGCAAGAAGGGAAGGCGCAGCAAGCAGCAGAAGCCCCUGCAGAAGCCCCUGCCGUCCACAGCGCCUGGUCAGGGACCCCCUGACGCUCUUCUCGAGGAGCUGCCGUCGACCUCACAGCCGCCGUCGACCUCACAGCCGCCGUCGACCUCACAGCCUGCGUCUGCCACCACCUUGUCACAGAGUGACUCUCCUGUGGAGCUGGAAGGCUGGGUGCGCCUCUGGGAAGACCCCAACGGCAUCCCCUCUGCCGACAUCCCCUGGCUGAAAGAGGACAGCGAGCAAGGCCUCUUCACGCCAGUGCAGGUCUACAAGGACAUAAAGGGCGUGAUUAGAAGGCGGCGUGUGUUGAAGUCAGACCGGAUGUGGUUCUACCCACCCGAGCCACCCGGCUUUGUGAGAGGCGGCAUUCCCACUCCACAGGCCUUUUUCCGAGGCCGCUUUUUCUUCUGGCGUCCCGUCGGAGUGUGGCGGUGCUCCCUGAAGUGUCCGCGCGGAGAGAAGUGUGCUGGGGCUGGAGUACGUCACAUCUGUGAUGUGUCGGGCUGGUACACCCUGGCGACAGAGGUGCUGUCGUGCGGGCCGUGUCUCAAGGCUGCCAGGGGAGGAGAGAGCGGUCCCAUGGGUCGGUGGCUGGCGUGGGACGACGCCGUCCUCCAGCAGCUGAGCGAGGCUCAUCGGGCCAGGUUUCCGGCCCUGCUGACCGCCAAACGAGGGGUGGACAAGACCGUCAUUCGCCUCCUGCGUGACAGGACGGAGGGCAACACCAUGGUGAAGGUGUGGCGGCAGGUGCAGGAGAACCACCUGGAGGACUACCACCAGAGGAAGGACCUCUACACCACCCUCCUCAUGGCCCUGGUGGAACCUGGAGGCAUCGUCUCUGCGCUGGGCCACGGGGAGUUCCAGGCGCCACCUCCUCCGAGAGAGGUUCCCUGCGCCCGCCUCCUGCGCCACGCCUUCCUCCUGGCCGAGGCGGACAACGUCCAGGACUACAGGAGCCAGAUCCUGUCCACGUUUGGCACGGUCCUGAAAAUGGACUCCACGAAGAAGGCAAGGUGGUGAAGAAACUGUCUGGGGAGGGCAAGGGCUCCGCUGAGUGGUUCACCAGCAUCUGCAACGAGCUCUCCCAGAUAGUCACCUUCGUGCUCACCUGCGAGGAGUCCGUGGAGA